AUGUCUUAUCCUUUACAACCUUAUAAACCAAAUAAUGGAGCUCUUGUUGAUCAACAGUUUAAUAGAGCUAUUCCUAACGGUUAUAAUGGUGGUGGUAAUGAUUGGAUCGGUUCUCUUUUUGGUUUUGCUAGUCGAUUGAUGGGUGAAAUUCUACGAAAUGAUCCUGAUAUUGGUGGUAUAUCAGCAUUGAUGGGUUCAAAUCCAUGUAAUCCUUAUGGAAAAGUAUUUGGUAUAAGUGCAAUGAAUGUAACACAAAUUUCACCUGGACUUGAUGGUCGACCACAUGUGGUUCAAGCACAUGAUGAACGUCGAAUAGGACCAGGUGGAAUUUGGCAAACCAAAAAAGCAUUACGUGAUCCAGGUCGUGGUAUUGACAAGAUGCAACUUGGCUAUUUUGCUGGUGAUCGUGCUGAAAUAAUUCAACGUCGACUAGAUCCAUACACAGGACAAUACCAACAAGAAAUUCAACGACGUGGAAUACCUACUAAUGGACCUAAUUUAUCACAUCAUAGGCAAAUGCAAUCGCAACCAACUAUACAACAAACACCUCGAUUGCAACCACAACAAUAUCAAUAUUAUCCACAACAACAACAACAACAACAACAACUGCCACCCUAUUCACAACAACCACAACUUCCAUUUCAUACACAGCAGCCACAACAGGCUCUUCCAGCACCUUCGCGCUAUCAAUACUUAUAG